AUGGACGAUAUGAUGACUCGGGUUGCAGCCCAUUUUGCCUUAACUAAUGAGGAACAGGCUGAACUGGUGGAGCAACAUGAGGUAAAAAAUUUGCUAACCUCAAAGUUUUUGCUUGUGGGCAAACUACUCACACGGAAACCAUACAAUAAGGAGGCUUUCAAACGCACGAUGGCGUCACUUUGGCGACUUACGGCACAAGUCCACAUUAUCGAUAUGGAGGAGGACAAGUUCGUGUUCUCGUUUCAGACCAAGGCGACACGCGACACCAUCAUGAGGGGCAGAACUUGGACAUUCAACCAUUCAUUACUGAUCAUGGCUGCAGCUAAUAGAUUACUUGAUCCACUCAUUAUACCUUUACGUAAUCAGGAGUUUUGGGUGCAAGUAAAGGGUCUUCCCUUAGUAUUUAUGACCCGAGCUAUGGAGAAACUGAUUGGCGAUGCGCUCGGGACCUAUGUUGUGACUGACCAGAGCAGGCGCGGUGAAUGUCUCAGCAUCUACUUAUGCAUUAGGGUCCUCCUGGAUGUUGGCAGGCCCCUAAGACGUUGGUUGGCAGUGCGAUUGCCGAAUGCUAGUGGAAUGGUGGAAUGGGUUCAGCUCUAG